CCCGCCGGCAGCCGCCAGUCGCUGCUUCACUGCUGGUAGAGAUGAAGCUCUUGUGGCUGGGCGUGGAUGUUUCCCGGGUGCUGCACUUGGCGGCCGUCUUUUGCCUGACCUGCGUGCUGCUGAAGGCCAUCCAGCUGUUCCACCGGCGGCGGGAGCUGAUCCGGGCGCUGGCCGAUUUCCCCGGCUACCCGACACACUGGCUCUUCGGCCACGUCCACGAGUUUCUCAAGGAGGAAGAGAUGCUGGACAAGGUGGAGGUCUGGGCACAGAAGUACCAAAACGCUCACCCUCUCUGGUUGGGGAAUUUCUCAGCCUUCCUGGUUGUCACCCAUCCUGACUAUGCCAAGGCUGUGUUGGGCAGAGGAGAUCCCAAGGAUAAUGUGAGCUAUAAACACCUUGUCCCAUGGAUUGGGAGAGGGUUGCUGAUCUUACAUGGGCCAAAAUGGCACCAGCAUCGGAAACUCCUGACUCCAGGGUUUCAUUACGACGUCCUGAAGCCAUACGUGGCCCUGAUGGCAGAGUCAACUACCGUGAUGCUGGACAAGUGGGAGCAGCAGGUUACAGAGGGGAAACCAGUGGAGCUCUUCGAGCAUGUUAGCUUGAUGACUCUUGAUAUCAUCAUGAAGUGUGCCUUUAGUUAUCACAGCAACUGCCAGACCAACAGGGAAAACAUCUACAUCCAGGCUGUCUAUGACCUCUGCCUCAUGGUGCACCAGCGCCUCCGCAUCUUCCCAUACCACAAUGACAUCAUCUACUGGCUCAGCCCCCAUGGAUAUCGGUUCAGGAAGGCCUGCCAGCUCGCUCAUGACCACACAGACAAGGUGAUCCAAGAGCGAAAGGAGUCCUUUAAAGACGAACGGGAGUUUGAAAAGAUCCAGAAGAAGAGACAUUUGGACUUCCUGGACAUUCUGCUGUGUGCCAAAGAUGAGAAUGGAGCUGGACUGUCUGAUGAGGACCUGCGUGCUGAGGUGGACACAUUCAUGUUUGAGGGCCAUGACACCACAGCCAGUGGGGUCUCCUGGCUCUUGUACUGCCUGGCAUCACACCCAGAGCACCAGGCACGGUGCCGGGAGGAGAUCCAGGGGAUCCUGGGGGACCGGAAGACACUUCAGUGGGAGGACCUGGGCAAGAUGACUUACAGCACCAUGUGCAUCAAGGAGAGCCUUCGCCUUUACCCACCAGUGCCUGGCGUGUCCCGGCAGCUCAGCAAACCAAUCACCUUCCCUGACGGACGCACCUUGCCAGAAGGCAGUAACAUUGCAAUAAGCAUUUAUGCCAUACACAGAAACCCUGAAGUAUGGAAAGACCCUUCGGUUUUUGACCCUUGCCGGUUUUCCCCAGAGAACAUCUCUGGCAGACACUCUCAUGCCUUCCUGCCUUUUUCUGCUGGAUUGAGGAACUGCAUCGGGCAGCAGUUCGCCAUGAACGAGAUGAAGGUGGCUCUGGCCCUGACCCUGCUCCGCUUUGAGCUCUCGGCCGACCCCAGCAAGCCUCCCUGCAAGAUACCUCGGAUCAUCCUUCGCUCCAAGAAUGGGAUUCACUUGCACCUGAAGAGAAUCCGCUGAAGCUGGAAAACACCCUGCCUUUGCCAGAGGGGGGAACAGAGCAGAUGACAGGACAGUGUUUCUCUGGGGCAAAAGGUGCAGGGCAGGGGUUGGGGAUGAGGAUUUCUGUGCUGCUUCCACCAACUGAAAGCCCAGGUAGCCUGGAUGGCAUUGCACAGACCUGUUGCCAUCUGCUCAGCAAGCAUUGGUCUCAGAACAGCUGGGCAUGGCCAUGCCUCUUUGCUGGUGGUCCUCUUGCCCUGUUGUAAGAGCUGGCUUGGCCUGGGAACAUCUGCAGGCCCCGCCAGCUUCCUCCUUGCCAAAGCCUGCCUUCACACUCAUGUCCUGGCUGAAUCCAUGACUGUCCCCAGCCAUGCUCUGUCAUCAGCACCUUCCUCAGUGCCUAGAGGUCAGCCCUUCCAGCAGGGACAGCCUGUGGCAGACCUCUGUCUCUCUUCUCACACUCAAAUGUGUCUCUGUUUUGUUGAAAGCACUGAUUCCAGUUUGGGCUCUGAAAUUCUGCCUAAACUGCACUAGAGCCUGUAAUUUUUCUGUUAAUAAACCUGUAAUUAUUGCUGUAA